GAAACACUCAUCAACGGUGCCAAUAUCUGCGCCAGUCUUAUCCUACGCGUAGCUCAGUCCAACACGUCGCACGACACGUCUCCCUGUCGGUUACAAUGAACACAGAUUGUGAAAUUACGCCUAUCACUAAACCGGUGGACUGGAGAAGCGCCGACUUCUUCCGAGAUGUUGUUUCCAGUGAUUUGCAGAUUUCGCCAAAUGAUUUCACAAUGUUGGAUAUGCGUGUGGCAAAUGCAACCGAAAAAACUGCCGGCUAUAUGUCGCUCAUGCACCGAGUCACCCUGCAAGUUCAAGUGCACGACAAUGGCGCAAAUGAGUCGCAGACCAAACAGGUGAAUUACAUUGUGAAGGAGAAGUCGGAGAAGGUUUUCGGCGGGGAGGUGGUCGACAUGAUGAGAGCGUUCCCAAAGGAAAUGGACGUCUAUUCGACGUUGUUGCCGGCAUUCGAGGAGCUAUGGAAGGAUGAAAAUGUGCAGUUUGGACCACGUGUGUUCAAAGUCACGUCGGACCCGUUCACCGUGAUUGUCAUGGAAGAUUUAAAACUGACCGGCUAUCAAAUGAAAGAAUGCAACGCUGGAUUGAGCCAGCAGGAUUGCGAAAAUGUGUUGGAAAAGUUAGCCAAAUUCCAUGCUGCUUCCGUGGUUUACUAUGAACAGAAUGGUUCCUACCCUGACGACUUCAAAGAGGGAAUGUUUUCUGAUGGUCUGACAGCUGAAUUCGAACAGUAUUAUGUUCCUUUGUUCGAUUCGUAUCUACAAGCAUUGGAGGAGCUCGGAUACCCUGCCGAAAUCAUCGAAUCUCUAAAACCAAUGAGAGGAAAAGUCUACUCAAAAACCAGCAAACUUUUCAAAUUGGAUCCAACGAAGUUCAACGUACUAAACCAUGGUGAUGUUUGGGUAAACAACAUUCAAUUCAGCCAUCGCGAUCUUCUUUUACUCGACUAUCAGAUAUCCUUCUACGGUUCACCCUCGUUCGAUUUGUUAUACUUCAUAGUCAAUUCAGCAUCGCUUGCCGUAAGGACGGAGAAGUUCGAUCACUUGAUCGAUCACUACCAUCAGCACCUGGUGGAAGGGAUGCAAAGGCUACAUGCCAAAACACCAAUCCCAACACGACGAGAGCUUCACGAAGAUAUUCAGGCUCACGGAUUACUGGUUUGCGUGUUAUCCAUGGAAGCCCUGGCGAUGAUGUUGGCGAUGCCCGACUUAGAGUUGAAGAUGGAUUUGCUGGGCUCUAUGGAUCAGGAUGGAGUAGAGUACCGAAAACAGCUUUUUACCAACGUUCGGUUUGUAAAAACUAUUGAAAAGCUCAUGCCUUUCAUGUGGGAGAAAGGGUUUCUGGUAGACAAGAAAGAAUAAAAUAUACUAUUUGAAUCACAUAAGUAAACAUAGAUGUUCUUCAAAGGCUACACAAUAAAUGAUUGCAACAGUUAAA